GCCAAGACGUUCAGUCUUCGAUGACUGCAGAAAGCCGCCCUCCACCUUCUCUUGGAAUCAUCGUUCUGGCGGCGUUUGGGCUGACGGAGGCGUCGUUGAAGGAAUGCAGCGCGUUUCAUCCUUCACUGGUGGGUCGCCCGCUGAGGCCCGUAAGGUCUGUCCACGCCACGAGCAGCGGCAAGGCCAAACACUGCCUCUCAGUCCACAGGAAGGCUGCAACUACUGGGGCCGGCGAGAGCAGGACCGAGGAACAUGGUCAGAAGGGUCGUCAGACAAAACACCAGUGGAUGAGCACCUCUCUCUGUGCAUGUGACUGAUAUUCUUUGUGGCCCCGCUUCAUGCAGCUCCCGGCAAAGCCCCCGGUCCCAUCACGUUUUCUUGGAAGCUUGAUGGUAUGUAACGCGAUGCCGGACGCAGAGACGCAUCUAUCGCGUGCUUGUUUGUCGGUCUGGACGGGGGGUGCAGUCAAGGGGGUCUCCAAGGGAGCUUCUAAGAGCGGCCAGGGGCUCGGACUUCUCGGUAUCGGGAUCGGGACCGGGGCCGUUCUUAAUGCCUUUGCCUUCGUUCUCAUCGCGCUGACGGAGGUCGGGUUUCAGGGCUUUGGUGCGGUAAUCGCGGCCCUUGUUCUCUCCCUUGUGUUCACGAUGCCUCUCGGGCUCGUCGAGAGCGGUUCCAGGGACGGCCGAGGGCCUAGAGCCGGUGGGCUUGGGGUCCUUGGCGUCGGGAUCGGGGCCGUCAUGGCUGGCUAUGCCUUCGUUCUCAUCGUGCUGUCGGAGGUCGGGCUCAAGGGAUUCGGUGCGGUGGUCGCGGCCUUUGUUGUCUCGCUUGUGUUCGCGCUGCCUUUCGUGCUCAUCGUCGAGAGCCUGCUCGGUUCCAGGGGCGGCCGAGGGCAUAGCGCCGGUGGGCUUGGGGUCCUCGGCGUCGUGCUCGGGGCCAAUAUCGGUGCCUGCGCCUUCCUCUUCCGAGCGCUUGUGGCAACGUUUGCCGGCUGAAAGAGGGCUACGUGGGGAGGCUUUAUUGUGGCGGCGUCGGCGGCCUGGGAAACCAGCCCCCCCACCUGGCAGCUGCGUGGAUGUCGGACUGGGCUGCAUUCGGAGGGAUACUAGAGAUGACACGGGUCUGUUGAGUGUGAGGAGAUGGCCGGUGUGGGAGGAGAUGGCUUGUUUGCCUUUCUCGGUAACUUCCGUGCUCAGAGUAUUCGGGGGCACCACGACACACCACAUGUCGACACACACAAAGACAUACAGACAUACAACAGAUAGAUACGCAAAGAAUAGGAAGGAAGAAGGGUUGGUGGGGCUGACUGCUCUCUCUUGUACAGACUGCCUCUCAUGACUUGUCUCACAUUAUCUGUAUGUUUAUCUAGUCGCAGCAAGUCUUUUGAUGUGACAAUUGUGUGUGGGUGCAUGACAAGUGCAGAAACGACAUUCACUGCGAUCUGACUUAUCUCGAGACAGCAUGCCGACCAGCCAGAUAUCGUCUGAUUUCUAAGAUGAGCUAGCUGGCUGACUGGCUUCCUCACUUCACCACAUAUGCACACACUGUAGAAACAAAAACCU